GUGAAGGCCUUUACGAGUAGUAACUCAUAUAAUGCCGCAACAAAAGAUUCGGAACGCAGCCUAUAAAACGGUCCGAUAUCCAACAAAAAAUCUUGGAUAAUUCAAUUGAAAAGAAUAGACCACAGGUUUCAUAAUACAAAGUUUAAAGUUGGUAAAACUGUGGUGGCGGGAUUGGGACCGCCAGAUGGGAGAGUUUAAGGUUAUGUCAAGUAGAAUAAGAUUUGAAAUGUUUUGUUGAUAAAUUGAUAUUUGUGAAAAAAAUUAUUUAAAAAUGGCCGCGAACGAUUAUCUAGAGAUUCUCGCUGGCCAGGUCUUCGAUCACGAUAAACUGGUUACUUACAAAUGGUUGAGCAAGGAACUAGAAGUGCACGUAAAUAUAGCAAAGCAAAUGUUGUGGGAAUUUUAUGAGAAAUACCGCGACAGGGACAAUAUCGAAUGUACAUAUUUAUUAAUAGGUAUGUUAAAAGAAAAUGGAAUGCGUGUGGAAGUUGUCAAAGAAUCAGACUUAUCUAAGGCUAAGGAGAAAUUUAGUAAAAUCAUUUCUGAGCACAUGUAUAGUGUACACAAGCCUCUGGAGGAUCUGGAGUUGCUUGCCAACUCUGAUACAGCUGGCGAUGUGAGGUUCAGCGCCAUAAAAUGUGAUGCCUGUGUAGAACGCAGUGAUGAGGAGAUGAAUCUCUUACGCUGGGGAACAGCAGCUAUGAAGAUUACAGAGGGUACAAAGGUAGUGAAUUCAAAGCCUGUGGAGCUUGUAAAUCGUUCAAAAAUAGAUAAAGAGCCAGCAGCUGCCAAAAAAAAUGGAUUCAAUAACUUCUUCAAUACAGCUGGUAAACAGAAGAGCCCUGAGACGUCAAAGGCCUCCAAGACAGAGAAGGAUGAGUCUGAGGACAAAAAUAACAGUCUUUCAAACGACACAGAUUUGACUGAGAGAGGCAAAGGUUCUAAAAAGAACAAAAGCCCAUUGGAAAAGAGUAAAGGCACCACAGGCAGCUCCAAGUCCAAGAAAACUUCUUCAAAAGCAGAAGAAACGAAUAAGACAAAGAAAGGAGGUCUGGAGAGCUUCUUUGGUAAGAUGUCGUCUCUCCCGAAACCCGCGGAGGUCAAGGCACCAGAGAAGAAAGAAGAAGAAGUCAAGGUAUCAGAGAAAAAGGAGGAGGAAGUCAAGGUAUCAAAGAAGGAGGAGGAAGUCAAGGUAUCAAAGAAGAAGGAGGAAGAAAUCUUUGAGACUAAGAAAGUUAAGGAAAAGGAGAAGCCCCGUGGGAAGAAACGGAUCAGGAGUCAAGGCAGUGACAGAGAUGCUAAGAAAAGAAAGAGAAUCGUGGUGCAGACAGACUCCAGUGACUCAGAAGCGCAAAGCGAUAUGGACGUAGAGGAACCUAUGCCCGAGGCUGUGGCUGAAACUGAAGCACCUAUUAGACCCAAAAGCCCGUCUCCGCCAGCGGUGAAGCAUGAAAACGGCAAACGGAAGAUGUUGAAGAUGGUGAACGAGACUUACAAGGAUGAUCGCGGCUUCAUUGUGACCAAGAAAGUACACGUUUACGUGAGCUGUUCAGAAGAUGAGGAAGAGAAGGAGAAAGAAGAAAAGGAAAGAGAACAGAAAAAGAAAGAAGAGAAGGAAAAAGAAGAGAAGAAGAAAAAGGAAAAAGGACCGUCCUCAAAGAAGCAGAUGAAAGUCGACAAUGCGAAGAAGAAACAGUCUGUAUUGACGAGCUUCUUCAGCAAAGCGUCUUAGGAUCGCGAAGAACGCUGUUUGGAAGUGCCUGAUAUCAUCUGUGUAUGAAUUUCAUCUGUGAACAUUUUGUUGGAAAAAUCAGCUCCUUGGUAUUAAUUAUAUAUUAAUUAUUAAGAUUCUUGGCUUCUCGCUGCAAAAUUCUCGAUUCAUGUGUGUGUGUGUGUGUGUGUAUGACGUCAGAAACGAAAAAAUGCACGAUAAAAAUACGUUAAAAUAAAAAGAUAUACCCAUAAAAGAACAUUUGCAAUUAAUGCAUAUGUGUGAAAUAGUUCAAAAUAUUUUUCUUUUACUCUAACAAUCAAUAAAUUACCGUCAAAUUAAUGCAACACGCAAAAUAUUUUUUUAACUUAAAUAUCCUUAUGAUUUUGUUACGUUAAUUUUAGUUAUUUAUUGAUUAUUAGAACAAAAGAUGGUGUCAAAAAGAUGGCUAUUUUACGCAUUUGCUCGAUUGAUUGCAAGUAUUUUAUGGAUACAUCUUUUUAUUUUUUAUAUUUUUUAUUAUAUCUAUUUUUUUAUAUUUUGCAAGAAUUGUUAGCGUACGAUUUCUCGCUUUUGAUACUAUAAAUCGAGAUAUGCUUCGAGUGUAGCCGGGAGCUUUAAUAAUUUUGUAUAAUAUUCCGCGUUUUACAAUAUAAUGAAUAAAUUAAUAUUAAUAAAUGAUGUAAAAAAAUAUUGAUUUACUAAGUGGUAUUAAUACUGACAAAUAUCGACAGAUUUCUAAUAAUUAUAAUAAAUACAAAACUAUAAAGAGAAAUAAUAUUAAUAUAAAAAAAGGGUUGAUAGAUUUAGUCAAUAAUCUAUUAUUGAUCCAUUUUCUUUCUCUUUUCUAUCUAUCCUCUAUCGUUAACAUUUUCAUCACUAUUAAUACUAAAAUUUCGUUAUUGAUUCUAAGAAUGAUCUUUCCUGUUUCUUGUUUAUCAUUGUUAUCGAUAACACGCAAGGUUCGCAGUAUGUAACCUAGGAGAGAGAUAAAACAAAGUUUGUAAAGUGA